AUGGGAAAAGAAAUAUUUUUCGCUAUCAAUAUACACCCAUCUUGUGUUCAGAAAAAAGGACAAUGUAUUCCAAGAGCAAAGUGUGUGUCAAAGAAAAUGCUAUACAUAUCACGGGUUUGCUACAUACGUGAUUUAGUAUGCUGUUAUGAUGACUCUAUUCGAUUUCCUGAUGUUGCACCAUCAGAACCAAACAAUGAAACAUCAACA